AUGAGGUGCGCCAGGCACCCGUACGAGGGCGGCGUGGGCGUCUGCGCGCCGUGCCUCCGCGACCGCAUGCUCGCGCUCGCCGCCGCGCAGAACGCGGCUUCCUCGCUGCCCCCGCCCCUACCCCCACCGGAACCCGAGCCGGAGCCGGUGUUCCCGAGGUCGGUGUCGUCGCCGUACGUGUGCCGCCGCCGCAAGUCCGACGCGUCGUCGGCGCCGCGGGGGCGCCCGCCGGGCAGCCUGCUCUUCUUCCGGACGCCGCAGGUCGGCCCCGGGUCAGGGUCAGGAGCAGGAGCAGCUGGGUUCGAGGAUGGCGACAUCGGGUUGUUCCGGAGGCGGCGCGGCAGGUUCUCCGUGCUCGCCGCGCUCUUCGGCCACAGACCGGACGACGACAGACGCGGCGACAAGGAGAGGAGGUACAGGCCGUCCUCCUGGCUCGCGGGGAUCGUGCCGCGCGCCGCCCGCCGGAGGAGGAAGGACAGGGAGACCGGUCUGCCGCCGCCUUCCCCGCCGCGGCGCUCGUGCCGCGGGGUCAGCGACCGGGGGCUCUCGCCGGUGAGGUACUACGCAGACGGGGACGGCGAGGAGAGCACCUCACCGGCGGAGUCGCCGUGGCUGCCGUCGCCGUCGCCGAUGCGGAAAACCCCGGGCCGUCGCCGCCUGGGACUGGGAGCGGCGCCCGGGGCCGGUGUGUCGGGGUUCUCGGUGUGCAUCAGCCCGCUCGUGCGGCCCAGCCUGGGGAGUCACCUCCGUGGCGGCGGCCACCCGCCGGACGCGGUCAUCUCAGGCGAUCUUCGCCCGUCGCCACUCCACCCGCUCACGUCCAGCGCCUCGCUCCACCACUGCCGCUCCUGGAAGCUCGCCGACGGCGGGCGGUUCCGGUGA